AUGCAGGAAGGUAAUUUCCUCAUGUUAGUGUCGACGAGGCGCCACCAUAGUUGGCGCGCCCUGGGGGAAAUUUUGAAAUUUGAGUUCCCCAGAUCGCCAGAAAAUUAAAAUUCAUGCAAUAUUUUAUUAUAACACUUCCAUUGCAUCGACAGUAACAACAUUGAAUUUCUAUAACUAUUUUUUGGCUGACCCAAAUUGGGAAAUUGCGACCUCAAGGUAAUUGGGCAAAACCAUGUUUAACACGGAAUUUUUGACUAGCUAACACCCUGUGUAAGUAAACACCACAUGCUUGCAUGCGUUAUAAUUGGCACAAAUAAGCAUGUGGUUUUUACAAAUUAUUUAUUCUAAUUGCACGGAUACUCUUGCAGACAUUAAAUUGCACAGAUUUUUUACGGACAAGGAAAAAUUGCGCGGACCAAAGUUUGCAGUCUGGUUAGAACGUACGCACACCCCACCUCUGCCAAAGUUAACACACUAUAGAAUACUUAACAAUUAUUCGCCUCAGGCUCAGUGAUUACGGUGACUUCGCCUUUGGCGAAUAAUUGUUAAAUAUUCUAUAGUCUAAAUAUACAUUUAUACACUAUCACACUAUUACUGUAAGGUGGCUCCCUACCUUAUUUAAGCAUGGGACUGCUAUUAAAACGAAAUGACGUGAUCUUGUCGAGUUGAAAUUUUAUCACGUCAGCAAAAAUUUUAUUUGACUACGCAAGGUUUGUAAUGCAGUAACAUUGUUUCCUAUGGUCAAUUUUUGUAAAAUUUUGUAUUUUAAAAGUACUAGUCAUUUGUUGCAAUGUACUACAUUUUUAAAAAAAUUCUCUAAAACAGUUUUUGUGGAACAGAUGUACGUGUCGCGUAAUAUCUCAAAAACUGAAUCUUCCACUAGAUGUUCCUUUUACACUUACAAAAUUUCAGAAACUUUGACCGAAGGAAAUGUUAUAUUAAAUAAUAAUAAAUUUUUUUUAGUCCAAAUUUUGAUCUUUGUCUGCUGUCGUUUAGGCCACAUUGUUACCAUACCAACACAUAAUUUGCUUCUUUCGAACGAUUACGCUUGAAGUAUAAUUAAGACUACUGUACACAAGCGUUUCUACUUUCGAAAUUUUACGUCAUUGUGAAGAAUUAAUAUUUUGCGUCAUUGUGGAGACCUUAUUUUUCUCUGCUCCUUACAACUGUAGAGAGCCACGUCCCUUAAGGUCAUAUUCCCACUGUAACAUUCUUUCUAUUGGCUAGAAUUUUUUCUUUGAAUUUUGCCUUUCAUCUAAAUUAUUACACAAUAUCUUUUUUUCUUUUAUGGGGAAAUAUUUUCUGGGAACUCAAAAAAUUUUCUGAGGCCACUUGUCCGCUGGUCGGAUUUUUUUCCACCCCUGGUUCAAAAAUUAGCAUUUCCAGUCCAUCCCCCUUGGUUGCCUAUUAUGCUCAAUAACAUAUAGAUCGAUUGGCUUUCAACCAAUGAAAACUCAGAUUAUUGUAUAAAUUUAUUAAUUAACAAGUCUUUCACAAUUUUCUGUUCAGGUGACCCAUACAAUUUCCUAAAGGUCGAGAAGACGGGCAAGAAAAAUAAUGUUGCUUUAAUAUAUUUAAAUCGUCCAGAUGCCCUCAAUGCACUAAAUAAUGGAAUAAUUGGUGAACUAACUACAGCUUUGGAAGAUGCACAAAACGAUAAAGAUAUUGGCGCUAUUGUCAUCACUGGAAGUGGACGAGCAUUUGCAGGUAUAGUCGGGAGCGGUUAGCUUACGGUGUAGACCCCAGUGUUUCUGCUGGGGUCUACACCGUAGGUUAGCCGAGCAGAAAAUCAACAUGUAAUUGACACGAAAUUUCAGUCUGAGUAAUUCAAAACAACCAAUAAAAUAUGUUCUAAAAUUGGCACAAUCAGCAUUUUACAUGAUUGGAAGAAGCAAAAUAGCUCUAUUUUCGGACCUCAUCAUGUCAACCAUGGCUGAGAUUUUAUUCUGGUAUGGCCUGAAAUUUAGGCUAGAUUAUAGAAUACCUGAGUGUCCACUUUUGUAACUAAUUUCUUUUCGUGACAUGAUGAUACGUAUAAUAAUGACGUCAUUAUUUUACUGACAUGUUAUAAAAAGACUGGGCGAACCGUAUUUUUCACUGAUACGAUGUAAUUGCACUGUUGGUAUGAAUUUUUGUUAAUUAAACAAAUUUUAUAUGUAUGUGGGUGUGUAAAAUUUAUUUAAAGACGCUAGCCUCAUCAACAGGUGUUGAUUUUCAUGAGGGGCCUCACAAACCAUAUAAAAAUAGUUACAAAUAUACUUAAAAUAGGUAUGUCCCAUACACGAGUAUUAAUAUUAAUUACUAAUUUAGAUAUUCAUUUUAAAGGAAUAAACAGAUUUGCGCCGCCCCGAGAAUCAAGGCUGUAUUUAAAACUCUUUUUAGGAACUCCCUUCAAAUGUAAAUGUAUUGUAUAUUCCUCGUUCUUCAGACUCCACACUCUAAUAUUUAAUUUUGUUUUAACCAGGAAAGAUACUGUAUAUGUUAAUUGAUUGUAUACACUUUUAUAACAUAAUUAUGUAUUUUAUUACUCAUUCGAUCUUCAAACAACCACUGAGAGUAUCUGUUUUAUCCAAUUAUAGGGUUAGGAGGUUAUAUGAUUGUGCAGCUUGCCUAGUGAAUAAAUAACGCGAAUUUAUAAUAAUUACGUAAUUAUUUUCACUUCGUAUUAUCGUAUCACGAUAACAAAAUAGCUAGAAAGAUGGACGUAUAUUCUAUAAUCGCUCCAACUUUUAAACUGUAAUCGUAUAAAAACUUCUGCCUAUAAACAAUUAUUUAAUUGGUCCCUAACUAAAUAUUCAUGUCAUUACGUUAUAGCUGGUGCUGAUAUAAAAGAAAUGGAAAAUAAAACAUUUCAAGACUGUGUAAAAUCCGGUUUCCUGGGAAAAUGGGACAGUGUAGCAAGAUGUACAAAACCAACUAUUGCCGCUGUUAAUGGAUUUGCUGUAAGUGCAUGCUUGGCUUGUUCGGUUGGUCCCGUUAAGGCCUGAUUCCACGGGCGCUUUCUUCGGCGAAAUGGGGAAAAUUUCGUGCGAAAUGAAUGAGGUGCAUGCGCAGUAAAGAUAAAUUAGGAUUCGCGAGAAAAAGUUUCGCUUCGCCAGUGUGUAUAGAAGUCAGUUCCACGCGCUGCGAAGGCAAAUAAAGUGGCCAAAUUCAAUAGAAUCGUUCAUGUGCAGCCAUCCAUAUUUCGCAGACACAAUUUUUCGCGGAGAAUUUCGCCGUCGUGGAAUCAGGCCUUAUUAUUUUAUUCAUCUAAACUUUGUCGUUUACAAAAUUUACGCUAAUACAAAACGGCACAGGAACUCCAACACAGUGCAUGUAACCCAAUUACGUUGACGACCUGGUUUAACACAUACAAUACACACAAUGCACGCUUAACACACAAGUACAAAACAGCACAGGAACAUAUGCACAAUAUAAAUAACAUAUAUAAACAAUGAAUAUAUAGUUUAAAGCGAACUAUCUAAUAAUAGCAGACCUUUGGAGUUAGUAAAUGUCUUGCUUGGUGGCAUACAUACAGUUUUCCAUGACUGGAGCUUAGCUAAGUCAAAGAUUGUUCCAGUGGCUCUAAUAUUUAUAGUAGUCAAACAACAGGUUCUUGAAACUUGUGAGGUUCUUGAAAGAUUAUUCCAUAUCUUUGCAACUCUCACAUAACUGUUCUGCUGGCAUAUUGGUUAUAGGUACGUGAUAUGUUAUGAGAGAACUACUAACCGACCGUAAACUCGUCGUUAGAUUAACUUUGUUAGCUUGUUGAGGCAUAAUAUCGAGGUCAGUUAUUGUAAAACCUCGUGUACACUUGAACAAAAAUAAAACGUCCUGUUUAAGGGUUCGCUGAAGUCGGCCCAGGAAAACUCUGUGCAAACGUAUACUAGAUCAAUACGUACCCAUAUAAAACGGAAGGAUCGAGACUUGUGCUUGUGUCUAACUUGCCUGCAUAGCAGGCAUUUAUAUGUGGACGUAGGGGCGACGCUAGAAGGGUGUGUGUGUGGGGGGGGGGGGGGGGGAACACCCCCAGUUGUCAUGUACUGUAGUCGGCAAAUUAUUGUGUCCCAGUCGGCAAAUUGUUUACCCAGUCGGCAAAACCUAAAUUGGAAAGGAAGGGAAAAAACUAAAAUAUAUGAGUGAAACUGAUCAAAACCUAAGAAAGAUACUGACAAAUGUAAUGACCAGAAAAUUUUUGGGGUUUAUUACAGUAUAUAUGUGACCACGAUUAAUAGACGUGGUGUGAUCUAGGUCUGAGCGUUUGAACUUGUAUCAUCGCAUUAAAAUGUGUAUUUUCUCAAAAAUCAGUUUUACACAAUGCGAAAAACAAACUAUUCUACCUAUUCCGAUUGUCUAGCACUACCAAUAAGGUCGGCCCGAUGCCGAUACCGAUUAUUCGAUUUAAAGUGCCUAUGUCAUAGUUUGGGAAUUAGUCUAUUUAGAUAGUUUAGAUGAUUUUAAGAACUUUUGCAAUAUAUUUUAUAAUUCGAAAAUUGGACACUGGUAAAAUGGAUAUGAAAUAGGUAAUAAGUCACAGAUAUACAUUACUUUGGUUCAUUCAUUCAUUACAUUAACCAAAUGUGUUUUCCACAGACUCUGCAAUCGCGAGAUAGACUAAAUCCGCGAUAUAGCACAAUCUGCAGACAUGCAUUUUUCGGCGUCCUACGCCUCAUCAGUGCAGCUUGGUACACAUCUGUGCACAUGAUGACUUUCGUAUUGAUAUACAUGCAACUUGCUCUCCCAAGCGCAUGUAGUACAGCACGGGCCAUCAAUGCAUCCAGACAUGCGCAGAAUGUCAUGAAGGCAGAAUGCUCAAACAACCAUGCACGAGGGAAGUGAUGUGCAAGUUAUGAUAGAAAUAUUAAAGCCGACUUGUUUUCCUUGAUUGUUAUUUUGUAGCUUGGUGGUGGAUGCGAGCUGGCCAUGAUGUGUGAUAUUAUUUAUGCGAGUGAAAAAGCAAAGUUUGGACAGCCAGAGAUAAAACUUGGAACUAUACCAGGUACCAAAAAUAUGGGCUCAAUUUUCACAGGCUCUCUGUCUAUUUUCAAAAAUAAACUUCGAAACUUAUACUCAUCUGAAUUGUAAGAUAUCUAUUAGCCCGCGUGCAGGCCCAAGGGGAACUGAUAUCAGUUCCCCUUGGGCCUGCACGCGGGCUAGAUAUCUAUAUGCUUCCUUGGUUUCUAUACUCACCAUGCACAACCAGGGCUUGGAUUUUAUCGCGGAAAUCGUGGCAUUUGCCGUAGAGGGAGAACAAAAUGCCGUGGAUCAUUGCGGCAACGACGGCAAUUUUUUGCCGUAUAGUGUAAUUUUUAUACUAUUCACUCAUGUGCAUUACUAUUUUGAUACUUGAAUUCAGAUGUUGAUCAAAUCAUGCGUAAACUACUAUUUUAGUCUCAGUUUUCUUCGAAAAAAAAACACUAAAGAAAUACGUAAACAUGUUUUUAGCUUGUCAACAAUCCAAAGUAACAGUAAAAUUAAAUUUUUAUUACAGUAAUUUGAAAAAAUGCCGUGGAAACUGCCAAAAUUGCCGUAGACAGCUGUUACGUUCAACGGCAAUUUUUAACGCCAUUGCCGUCGAUUGAUUUCAGGAAAAUUCGAGGCCUGGCACAACCACUUACGUAAAAUAAUUUUGAAAGCCCUGCCUAUACAGGGUGUAUAAAAACAGCUAUUAUAGUAUCCAGUUUUUUAUGUAUAUAGCUUCUUUGGGUACUUAUAAUGUAGAAAAAUGGAAAAAAUUUCUCGAACUCAAAUUUUGUGAACCAGGGGGGUGUGUCUUUUCCAACGAACUAAAAAUGGCUUGCGCACGGAAUUUAAAAGCUUUAAUCAUAUUUUAAGUUAACAGAUGGAAAGUUUGUUGGGUUUUUAAUUACUGUACAAAAUGUCAGACAAUUUGCUUCAGUUUACGCUUAACCACUUACGUUUAUGGUUAAAGAACCAUUCACGCAAACUUAAAAAAUCACCAUUUGCAUGCUAAUCAAUGCUUUUGCUUUCAAACUACACCUUCGUUUUGCAUGGGUGGUUCUGUGAUUAACUUUUCUCGCUCAGAGCUUAUUAACCUUCGUUAUGAGUCUAAUUUUCCAGUUUCUUCAAGAUUAUUGGCCUUAUUAAAGAGUCAUAUGCUACUUAAAUAUAGAGGAUCUAGAGCUGGAAAAAACCAGCGAAUUCGCCAAAUUUUUGUUGAGGCUGGUCAUAGAAUAUCGUACAAAAGGAAUUAUAAUCGGUAUGCAGAUUUUACUAAUCUCACCCAUAUUCACUGUCUACCAUUAUCUAAAGUUAACAGUCAAAAACCGGCGGUUGAAUCUAUGUCAAUGGCAUAUGUAAACUGUCGUUCGAUAAAUAGAAAUGGGUUUAAGCUAAAAGAUUGUGUUGUUGAUAAUGACUAUGAUUUAAUAGGUAUUACUGAAACGUGGCUGCCAAUUGAACAAUCCUUAUCGAACCAUAUAAUCAGAGACUUUUGCCCAAAAGGCUACAAGAUGGUUCAUAUUCCACGGAGUUCCAGCCAAAGAGGUGGCGGUGUAGGUAUAUUGCACAAAGAUACUCUUGACUUGAAAAUUACUCAAACUGUGAACACUUUCGCCUCAUUUGAAUGUAUUGAACGGCUUCUCAAAUUAGACUCCACGUGGAUAAGAGUUGUUGUAGUUUACCGACCUCCUGUUUCAAGUGUAAAUGCCUUGAGUGUAUCGAUGUUUUUAAGUGAGUUUUCGGUUUAUUUGGAAAAUCUAGUGCUGUUACCCGGCGAAGUCCUUAUCAUGGGUGAUUUUAACUUUCAUACGGAUGACUUGACGAACCAUAACGCUUGUGAGUUCUCAAAUUUAUUAGAUACAUUUAAUAUGUCACAACAUGUUAGUGAACCUACUCACCAGUCUGGUCACACACUUGACCUACUUAUAACGAGACAAGAUUCGAACUUAAUAAAUGGUAUAUGUGUCCACACACCUUGGAUAAGUGAUCACAGUAUUGUGCAGUUUAAAACCACCACAAAGAAACCGAGUGUUGCUCGGAAAACAAUAUCUUAUCGACGAUGGAAAUCACUUGAUGUAAACCAGUUUCGGCAGAGUAUAGAUGAUAUUGACAUUCAAUCUGUCAACUCGCUUUCUGAUCUUGCUCUGUUGUACAACAGUGCCUUACGUGAUCUUUUAGAAAAACAUGUUCCCUUGAGAAGUAAAACUGUCACAUUACACCCACAAGCUGAAUGGUUUGAUGCCAAGUUGCUAAUAGAAAAGAGAGCAAAAAGAAAGUUGGAACGUAAGUUCCGAUUAUCUAAUUCACCUGAAGAUAUUCGUCAGUUCAACGAGCACUCAGAGUAUUACAGUCACUUGCUAGUUACAACGAGACAGAAAUUUUACACAGAUAAGAUUGAGGCAAAUUAUGGUGAUCAGAAAGUACUAUUCCAAGUGUUAGAUAAACUUUUACACCGUGAGAAUCAACGUCAAUUUCCACCGCAUGAUAAUCUUGAUAAUCUUACAAAUAUGUUUGCGGAUUUUUUUGUCCGGAAAAUUGAUACAAUUCGCUCUCAACUACAUUUGGCUACUGUCGAUAAUCUGCUAGGAUUUGAAUCUUCCUGUGAGACCGUUGAAAAGUUGGAAUAUUUUAGUUCAGUUUCUGAGCAUCAGAUUGAAAACAUUAUUCGGUUAACUAACAACAAAUCAUGUGAACUUGAUCCAAUUCCAACUUGGCUCUUGAAGCAAUGUAUUCCUGCCUUACUCCCGAUUAUAACAAAAAUUGUUAACCUGUCGUUGCAUGAUGCAUUCAUGCCUACCCUGUUCAAACAAGCCUUUUUGACACCAAUACUGAAGAAUAUUUCCCUCAGCACAGAUGAAGAAAACAGUUUCAGACCAAUAUCUAAUCUUUCUUAUGUCUCAAAAUUAAUUGAGAAAGUGGUGGAUACCCAAUUAACAAAUCAUAUUCAGGAACAUAAUUUAGAUGAAAGCUUACAAUCGGCUUAUAAGAAACACCAUUCUACUGAAACUGCCUGGGUUCGGCUACACAAUGAUAUUUUAUCUGAGUUGGAUGACAAUAAAACUGUACUGUUGGUUAGCCUUGAUGUGAGUGCUGCAUUUGAUACCAUUGAUCAUAGUAUUUUGUUGCGUCUGCUCGAAAGUCGGUUGGGUGUCUCUGGGCAGUGUUUGAAUUGGUUUCGUUCCUAUCUCAGCGACCGUACAACAAGAGUUAUUAUUGAUGGCAAACGUUCAGAUAUAAAACGUGUAAACUUUGGUGUCCCCCAGGGAUCUGUCCUUGGCCCAAAACUUUUUACACUAUACAUAUUGCCACUGGGAGAUAUUGCACGCAAACACAAUGUACAGUUUCAUAUAUAUGCUGAUGAUUGCCAACUAUACAUAUCCUUUAAGUAUGAAAAUAGAUUGGAAACCAUUGAUAGAAUGGAAUCUCUGAUGCAUGACAUAACAACUUGGAUGACAAAGAACAUGGUGAAGCUCAAUGAUGAUAAAACAAAGUUCCUGGUUUUGACAGGUCCUCGUCGAGACUGCUCUGAUUUUCCUUGCUUGUCAAUCGAAAACGAAAGUAUUGUUAAAUCAGAAUCAGUAACUCUCUUAGGAGUAGAACUUGAUGACAAGCUUACCUUAAAGAGUCAUGUUCGUAAUGUUGCGAAAAGUUGUUUUUUCAAGCUCCGCAAUAUGCGUAAGAUUAGAAAAUGUAUCACUGAAGAUGCAGCAAAAAUAAUGGUACACAGUAUGAUUACAUCAAGGCUUGACUAUUGUAAUGCUAUCCUAUAUGGGUUACCAAAUUGUGACUUGGACAGGUUAUAUAGUGUGCAAAAGCUGGCUGCACGAUUAAUCACAGGAACAAGAAAGUACGACCAUAUUACACCGAUAUUGGAAAGACUCCAGUGAAAAAGAGAAUAGAGUACAAAAUUCUGUUACUUGUGUUUAAAUGUCUCCAAGGAACUGCACCAGAGUACUUAUCUGAACUGUUAAAAAAGCGUGAAAACAAAGGCACUAGAGCAGAUGACAAAAACCUUUUGGUUAUUCCUAGGUUUAAGAAGGUUACCCAAGGUGGACGAUGUUGUGGAAGAUCUGGCCCAACACUAUGGAACAAUUUACCAGACAGCUUGAGACUUGAGACGAGUUUUAGCAUUUUUAAAAGACGUUUAAAAACGCACUUUUUUGAACUUUCUUAUAAGUAAAUUAGGUCUAGGUCACAUUUUUAAACUUUUUAAACUUUUUUACUAGUAAAUUAGGUUUUGUCCAUAUUUUUAAUGUGGUAUGAAUGUAAAGCGCCUUAGAGAACUGUAGAUUUGGCGCUAUAGAAAUUCUGUGUAUUAUUAUUAUUAUUAUUAUUUGCCUAAUUUGCAUAUGUCAGCAAUAUGCAAAUUAGGUAAAGGCAUUAAUUAAGCAUGCGAAAGGCUAAUUUUUUAGAGAAAAAUGAAUAGUUACCUUUAAACUAAAGCAAAUUGUCUGAAACUUUGUAACAGUAAUUAAAAACCCAACAAAUGUUCCAUCUAUCAACUCAAAAUACGAUUAAAGCUUUUAAAUUUCGUGCGCAAGCCAUUUUUAAUUUGUUGGAAAAGACACCCCCCCCCCUGGUUUACAAAAUUUGAGUUCGAGAAAUUUUUUCCAUUUUUCUACAUUAUAAGUACCCAAAGAAGCUAUAUCAUGGCAUCAAAAACUGGAUACUAAUGGCUGUUUUGCGAAUUUAAGAGCAAAUUUCCCAUUUGGGCCGUUUUUUUUUAUACACCCUGUAUUACAUGAAGGAAAUAGUUAUAUUUUUCUGGUAGUUGAAUAUCUAUCAAUCCGUAGAUUUCCUGUUAUCCUCACUUCCCCCCCUGACACAGAUUGUUUCACGUCGACCAUUGACAUGAAUUUUCAUGUGUUUAGGUGCUGGCGGUACGCAGAGACUGACAAGAGUGGUUGGCAAAUCAUUAGCAAUGGAGAUGGUGUUAACUGGUGAUCCAAUUUCAGCAAAAGAAGCCUUACAAGCAGGACUGGCUAGUAAAGUUUAUCCUGCGGAGGAGCUGUUGGACAAAGCCCUUAAAGCUGCCGAGAAUAUCUCUGAGAAAUCCAAGCUGGUUGUUAACAUGGCUAAAGAAGCCGUUAACACAGGUAUAUGUUUAGGGCAAAAGUUAAAACAAAUGAAGCCUAUAUAUAGUAGCUGCUGUUUUAUGAUAUUAAUGAUAAUGAUUAGAGCUGCUAUACCAUCGGUUCAUUACCAUAAGUGAUUAAUCGUCACUGGUUAAUGUCGCUUCAAAGGAGGGAGGCAUUUUUAAAGCCGGUUUUCCACUUGCGAAUUUUUUCGCGCGAAGGGAAUUUUUCUUUUGUCUUUAUCCAAUCAGUUAUUGUUGUGAAUAUGGCGUCAAAUUCGAACCAUCAAUUGAAGUAUAAUUGUCAGUUGUUUGCUAUUUUAAUUUUAUGUUUUUCAAAGGGUAGAUGCUUAGAUCAGAGAAUAAAGCUUUCAAGGCAAAGUAGUAAUUUUCAGAGAUACGCCAAAAAUAUUUUAGCAUAAAAUGCGCGCGGCAUAGAAAAAAAUGAGAAGAAUUGCCCAGUAACUCUAGACGAAGAGUCUUCGCUCCAAACGUCGAAAUUCUCCUUGUAUUUUUCGGGUAGUUGCAUCCCUAGCAACGAAAGCUUGUUUAUAUAAUGUAUUACCAAAAUAAAUGUAUAAGUAACCAACCCUAACUCUAACCAGCAAAAACAUUAUUAUUUUUAGCAUACGAAACAACAUUAGCGGAAGGAAUUCACUUUGAGAAGAAAAUAUUUUACGCAACGUUUGCCACUGUAAGUUUUUGUUUUUGUACGUUUUAUCCAUAGUUCCGUAUACUGUAUGUUUGUAAUCCCGUCAGAAACGCUUGCAAGCUAAAGGCCCAUACACAAGACACGAAUGUUCGUGUACGAUUCACAUCCUGGCGUAUGUACUCGAAUAGAUGCGUUGUAAGAGGGUCCUGAAUUCGAGAAAUGAGAACUAGGAUUUGCCUAUUUUUGGGGGGCUGAGAAAAUGGGAUUUGGCUACUGUCUAGAACUGGAAAUGACAGACACAAAAAUGGGAAAACUCAGACAUGAUAUAGAGACAGUUGACAUUUCAGAGUUUAAAUAACUUCGAAGAAAGCCACCGACGGAGAAACUUUUGAUUGAGAGUUUGUCUAAAAAUGUCGUGAAAGAUUAUUCUGCCCUUUUCCAGCUCUGAUUAGCAGUUCAUAAAACAAUCACAUUAUUCUUUGAAUCAAAUCACAAAAAUUUGGCACACGCCUUGUAGACAAAAACAAUAAAAAGGGACUGGCCGUCAAUGUCAUCUUUAGCUUCAAUCUCGAACCAGAGCCUGCGUUCCUUGUGGCCUGGCUUCACAAGUCGCAUCUUUUCGAUGCCAUCGAACGCCGUCUUUUCGAACGCCAUGUCUUUUACCUAAUAUUUCUCUCAGAAACAUCACGAACCAAUGGUCUGCAAUCAAAUGUUUUGUAUAUAUAUACAGCCAACUCAAGAAAAGGUUGUCCUUUGCAAAGCUCCACUACCCGUUAUAAUUAAAAUAUGCUUUCUCUGUCUUUAGGAUGACCGCAAAGAAGGGAUGAGUGCAUUCGUGGACAAGAGAGCUGCUGAAUUUAAAGAUAAUUAG